GGCAUCACACUCUGUAGGCUGGUGUACCGUGGAUCGUAGCAACUCCGAUCAGAUGGAAAUGUUGCAUGGUUUUAUGUUUGAACAGGUGCCAAAGCUGUUUGACCUUACCUACAUUCCUGAAACAAGCGAGGACACCCUGCGAGCAGUCAUUGCGGAGGGGCUUUUUCCCUUUGUGUACGUGUCCCCGGCAACCGGUGCAAUCACAGAUCUUGUUGUUUUGCGCCUGCGCAAUCCCGAGUGGCGGGUGGGUGAGGGCCAAGGUGCUGCAAUGUGUGUGUACGCCAUCUUCACCUCCUUCAAAGGGCCCGAGAAGGCGGAGGAGGUACUCGUACUGAGCGAGAUGUUGAAGUGCGAGACGGUAUUCAUUCCGAACAUGUUUGGUUUUCUCGACAGUGACCUGAGCAAGGCGAUGUUUGAGGAACUGCUCGUCUGUCGCGAGUACCUCUACGUUCUGAAGACACCGACAGAAAGUGCGCUGCCGCCAACGCCUCUUUCGAAGGUUGCCAUUCCCUGCGCCUUUAUUUAA